AUGGCUAUAGCCCACCUUCUCGCGUCACCUUGGACGCUGGCACUGGCACCUGUUGCAUUGGUGCUUUAUUAUAUCGUACCAUACUUCAUCACUUUUGGGAAGCUUAGAGGCAUCCCGGCACCAUUUCCAGCUCAGUUCACGAACUUGUGGCUGCUCCUGGUUUGUCGGCGCGGGGGAAACCGCUAUGAGGUCGUCGACGAAGUGCACAAGAAACUCGGUCCGGUCGUCCGAAUCCAGCCAAAUCAUGUCAGCAUCAACGACGACGCCGCGAUACAAAUCAUUUAUGGCCAUGGCAAUGGUUUCUUGAAGUCUGAUUUCUAUGACGCCUUUGUCUCUAUCCGCCGCGGGCUGUUCAACACGAGGGAUCGUGCAGAGCACACCCGGAAGCGCAAGAUCGUGUCUCAUACAUUUGCCCCGAAGUCGAUUGGACAGUUUGAGCCCUAUAUUCAUGAAAACUUGGAGACUUUUGUCAAAAAGUGGGAUGAGAUUGUUGACAGGCAACGCCAAGCUGAUGGCUAUGCGCACGUUGAGUGCCUAUCUUGGUUUAACUAUGUCGCAUUUGACACUAUUGGUGAUCUUGCUUUUGGUGCCCCUUUUGGAAUGCUUGAGGCAGGCGCCGAUAUUGCGGAAAUCAGGUCUUCACCAAGCGCACCACCUACGUACGCACCCGCCUGUGACAUCCUGAACAAGCGUGGUGAGGUUUCCGCUGCUUUGGGAAUUCUUCCUCAGUUGAAACCUUGGGCGAAAUGGUCUCCUGAUCCAUUUUUCAGUGAGGGUGCCGAGGCAGUUCAAAAUCUUGCUGGUAUUGCCAUUGCUCGAGUGAAGGCCCGUCUUGAGAACCCUCCGGAUAUCAAUCGUAAGGAUCUGCUUGCGCGUCUCAUGGAAGGCCGCGACGAGAAGGGCGAACCCUUAGGGAGGGAAGAGUUGACGGCUGAGGCAUUAACCCAGCUCAUUGCCGGCUCUGAUACCACGAGCAACUCAUCAUGUGCUUUGCUUUUCCACGUUGCCAAGACUCCAGGUGUCUUGCAGAAGCUACAGGCCGAGCUCGACGGUGCGAUCCCAGAUGGAUUGAAGGUCCCCUCAUACGAUAUGAUCAAAAGUCUGCCUUACAUGGAGAAUGUCAUCAACGAAACUCUACGCCACCACUCGACUUCCGGCAUUGGUCUUCCUCGACAAAUCCCUUUUGACUCGCAGGGUUUGCAUCUGCAAGGCUACUACUUCCCGCCUGGUACAGUUCUCAGUGUGCCUACCUAUAGCAUUCACCACUCCACGGAGAUUUGGGGUUCCGAUGCUAUGGAAUUCCGACCUGAAAGAUGGGAGAAACUUACAGAGCGCCAAAAGAAUGCCUUUAUUCCGUUCAGCUAUGGUCCUCGCUCCUGCGUCGGCAGAAACGUGGCUGAGAUGGAGAUGAAGAUGAUUGUCGCCACGUGGGCCAGACGAUACGAUGUUUAUUUGCGACAAGACAAGUUGGAGACACGCGAGGGCUUCCUCAGAAAACCAUUAGCCUUGGAGAUUGGUCUGAAAAAGAGAGCCUCCUGA